CUGAAAAGAACGUCAUCUGCUUCAUACAUUUAGCAUUAGCCAAAAAUUAGCUAGUUGUUCAAAUCAAAGAUAUAACCGGAGUGGAGCGUUCCUUCUCUUUACAGUCGACAGCUUGAACGAGGAUUAUUUAUUUGGCGCUGCCCGCGUUCACAGUGCCAAACAUGUAUAUAAAAGCCUUGCUGCGGUGCAGGGACAUGCUGAAAGGAGAACUGGUCGUGUGAAAUGCUGGCUAGCCGAGGGGCGAACGAGGCUAACACUAACGAGGGCUAAGCCUAUCACAACAAGCCGGGGCACUUUAACAGACCUACCGCGAGCACAACAAGUAGGAGGACUGAUUCCUUUAAUACAAAGUAGCAGUGGGUUUCUCUAGGGCGGAGCAAUGGGUGCAUUCCUUGACAAGCCCAAAACGGAGAAGCACAACUCUCACGGUGAGGGCAACGGCCUGCGGUACGGGCUGAGCUCCAUGCAGGGAUGGCGGGUGGAGAUGGAGGACGCUCACACGGCCGUGCUGGGACUUCCUGCUCCUGGAAUGACCGACUGGUCUUUUUUCGCCGUGUACGACGGUCACGCUGGCUCCAAGGUUGCCAACUACUGCUCCAAGCAUCUUCUGGAACACAUCAUAACUGCGAGCGUGACUGCUGGCGGGACGCAGGGCUUCCAGGCCGGAUCGGACGGCUCCACCACCGACCUUCCAGCAUCAGGGUGUCCCGCGGUGGAGGCCGUGAAAGCCGGGAUCCGGACUGGCUUCCUGCGGAUUGAUGAGCACAUGCGCAGCUUCUCCGACCUGCGUAACGGCAUGGACCGCAGCGGCUCCACGGCGGUGGGGAUCCUUCUCUCUCCCGACCAUUUCUUCUUCAUUAACUGCGGGGAUUCCCGAGCCGUUCUGUACCGCAAUUCAAACGUGUGCUUCUCCACGCUCGACCACAAGCCCUGCAACCCGCGCGAGAGGGAGCGCAUCCAGAACGCCGGCGGCUCGGUGAUGAUUCAGAGGGUUAACGGGUCGCUGGCUGUGUCCAGGGCUUUGGGGGACUACGACUACAAGUGCGUGGAUGGAAAGGGCCCCACGGAGCAGCUGGUUAGCCCCGAACCAGAAGUGUUCGUGAUGGUCCGGGCGCCGGAGCAGGAUCAGUUUGUGAUCCUGGCGUGCGACGGCAUCUGGGAUGUCAUGUCCAAUGAGGAGUUGUGCGAGUUUGUGAAAUCAAGGCUUGAAGUGUGUGACGACCUGGAGAGAGUGUGCAAUGAAGUGGUGGACACCUGUCUGCACAAGGGGAGUCGGGACAACAUGAGCGUGGUGUUGGUGUGUUUGCCCAACGCUCCCCAAGUAUCAGAGGAGGCGGUGCGAAAGGAGGCCGAGCUCAACAAAUAUCUGGAGACUCGAGUGGAAGAAAUGCUGUCCCGGCCAGGAGAUGAAGGCUUUCCAGACCUGGUGACGGUGAUGAGGAACCUUUCCACAGACAGUGGCAUGCCCACUCUGCCACCGGGAGGUGGUCUUGCCAGCAAACGCAGUGUUAUUGAAGCAGUAUACAACCGUCUGAACCCGUACAAGGAGGAGGACGGACCCUCCUGUUUCAUUUGAGUGGAGAUCUGGAGUACCACUGGUAGCUGUCCAGCACUACUGCCUGAUCCCAGCGAGCAGGACCACUGUCCCACCUGAGAUACACAUCAUUUCAUUUCAACCCUGGGAUUAUUUUUUUCUACCUGAUCCUUCCGCUUCACACCGAGAGAGUAAAUCAAAGCAGAUUUAAAAAAAAAACACUUGAUUUGACUCCAGAACAGAUUUUAACAGAACAAAACGGAGGAAAAAAACAAACUGUUCAUGCUGUGAACCUGUCAUGGAAGAAGAAGCAAACAAGCACAGAUUCUCCCGCGCCUCGUGUUCUCAUGCUUUCCUUGCAGUGGUGGUUUUUUUUCUUGUGGAUUGACAGACAGACACAGGAGCAGCCCUGCUCUGCUUCUGGCCUCUGAAGGUGCCUUGCUCAGACUGGAGAGGGAGAACGGAGGAUCUCACAACAACGGCAGCCAGCUUGUCACCACUUUAAAAAAAACAAAAAAAAAAAAACAGUCAAAGCAGCCUCACGGCGAUGUUUCCAGGACUCGAGAGGCUGAAGAGAUUUGUGGCAUUAUUUACGUAGAAUAGGUAACUUCUUCUGUUUCUGACCGGAGUGAACCGGCCGACCGCGCCGUCCUGCUUCUGGAGCGGCGCUGGGCCGGUCCAGGAUGCCACCGGUACUCGGACGACACGUCGCCGUCGUGCACAGAACUCCCGGAACCCUCACGAUCCACGGACUGGCGAGGGAGUCCGUCUGGAGUUCAGGCAGAACGAGAGCUGGUGAAACUCCGGUGUGGUGAUCAGUCACACUCUUCUCGCAUGUCCCCGUUAUCAAACCGAUACUUUUCUGCUUCAUCCUUCUGUGCCCCCCACCUUUUUUUUUUUUUUUUUCUUUUUGUUAAUGCUGCAUCUCUUCGCCUAACAGAAGAGAUUCUGCUCUCAUUUUUGCGGACGUUGCCAGAAUCAUAAGCUUUUGAGCCUGCUGUUGUUUAAGAUUUAAAAAGAUAGAGAUUAUAUAUUGAAUUCAUAUAUGUAUCUAUAUAUAGAGAUAUAUAUCUAUAUUUUGAUUUGUUUUUGUCACAAUUCCCAGCCAUGGUGUUCAGCGUGGCCCCUGUGUAUCUGUGUGAAACACACACCAACACACACACAGCAGAGUUUUCCAAAGACAGGGUCAGCAUCCCGCUCCUCGACGUCUGUGCUCAAACAAUCCCAUUUAUGCUACGACCUGCCUUUUCUAAAUAUCCCGUGUAACACAAAAACAACGCCUCGUGUCCUUCUUUGUCCCUUUUUAGAUUCUUUUGGGUGUGUGUUGCCUUUCUAAAUACUCUUGUCUUUUUACAAAUGGACUUUGGAAACGCCCAGUGGAGCAUGAAACACACCCUGUACAGCAUAUUGACGAGGAGAAGCUGCUCAGUUUGUUCUGGUGUAACGGAGGGACGCUGCGCAGCAUCAUUCAUGGACUCGCAGGAGCUGACGAAACCCUGAUUUGACUCUUUUGGAAUUGCAGUCUGUUAAAUUUCUGUCAACACAAGCAUUAAAAAAAAGCAAAGCAGGACACUAUAACUCUGUUUUAAAGCCACAAUUAUUAAAACAAGUUUUUAAAGAUUCUCUUGACAUUUCUAAUUUUUGUUUUACUCUAAAUUUUAUCUUUAUUCUUAAAAUAAUCACAAAAUAUAAUUAUUUUAGUGAAUUUUCUCCGGUUGUGGCUCUAAUGCGUUGUUGUGGGAUGACCGUACUUUUAUUCUUUUCUUUUGAUGGAUUUAGGAUGUGGUAUAAAUCCACACGCCACUGUAACGUACACCUUUUCCAGCGGCUGUGUUGUGCUUUCUGAAGGGGCAGUAUUGAGAGAAGGAGCCUGAUGGUUUGCUGGCCAGUGAAUUCCUCUCGGUGGUACUUCUGCUCUCGGUGCCAUGUGACGAAUAGGUACUUGAAUGUGUCGUUCUUUUGCAGAAGUUCUGAUGCGCUGAUGAAUUUCCUUUGUGGUGGAGGGAGUGGGAGGCGGGGCGGGGCGGGGCGGGGCCUGUACCGAUGCAUGCUCUGUGAUUGGAACAGGAGUGUAUUGUGAGUGGAUGUACUUUCGUGUGGAGGAAAAGAAGAAGAAGAAGAAAUCACACCAGGGUCUUAAUUUAUCACCAAACAAAACCCUGAAACUGACAUUUCCUGAAGUUUUCACCACACUGAACUCAGUCUUUAUAGAUUUAUGUGGAAGCGAUAUCAGACACUGGGAUGAGGAGAGAAAUUAAUAGAGGAAGAAUUUACAUUUUUUUUUAUUUUCUGAAUGUAAGUCUUCAUUACUCGCAUUCACUCCACAGCAUGGACUGAAUACAAGCAGCACUGCGGCAGCGUCAUCUCUCCUCAUCGGAUUUGUUCAGUUUUACAAAGCAUACCCUCGCAUGCAUCAGGAAGCUACUCUGGGAUAGAAGAAGUGAGAAAUUGGGAAGUGGUGACAAAAUGCCAACUUUGCAGCACAAGUGCAGACUUUACAUUCCUCACACGCUCCUGGAUGGAAGUGAAACCUUGUGCUUCGUGCCACCUCCCUGUGGUGUCUGCUUACUCUUUAUCUACAAACCUGACUAAUGUAGGACGGCAGUGAAUAAGUCUUUUUUUUUUUCAGUUUUGUUUUUAAUUUAUUGCAAGCUUUUUUAGCUCUGAUUUUGAAGGCAGUUAGGUAACCUUCACCUCUUUCCUCUGAAAGAGUCGAAGAAGAUACUCAGAAUAUCACCAUCCCUUCUUCCUGUACUAAUUUCCCCAGUAUGCUAUUGUGAUGUUUACAGGCCAUACAGUGAACAUAAGCAUCAUUAAAAAAAUAAGUUUGAA